AGAGCCAGGCCGCUGUGGGACAGGAUACGUACCUGUGCGCCAUAGUUGAGCUCCCCUCCAGCGACCUGCAUCCGAGGACACCAUCUCUACAGUCAGCACCCAGGUUUCGUCGUCCGCAUCAGCAGAUGGACGGAACUUAUGACAAGUCCACUUUCGAAGGUGUGAUGGAUGAUGCCCUUGCUGUUCAGAAAAGAGCCUUGCAGGUUCCCCGAACGACGACAGAUCGAAACCUUCAUGGGGUAUUGACAUGAAUCGUGGUAGUUUGCAAUCUGAACCUGGCCGCUGUGUCAAAUUUGCAAUCUGAACCUUGCCGUCUUCCCGAGCACGAUGCACCCUCAUCAUGGCAUACGUUGGCUUGGCGACGGCAUGCAGCCAUGGCGACUGCCUCAUGAGGAUGCAAGACCUGAGAGCGAUGGCGGCAACGUCAACGACAGCGAGUGGGCCGUCCAAUGGAGGGAGGGGGGAGGGGAACGGACCUGGGCUGUGAGUUAUACUACUGGAGGUUCGCUGAAGGGCUCUUCCCCCCCUUUUCUCAUGCUUCUUCCCUACCUCCUCCUAUUAUCUGGAGGGCCUUUCUUUCCUAUAGCUGCGUCCUUAGCUAGGCCUGUAACCGUAUCUACGUUUUCUACCUGGACCUUCCCCCCCCCUCCACCGCCAUCUCCCCCCCCCCUUACAGUUGCCGAAGAAGAAGGAGCGUUAGAAGCUGCCGCGCUGGAGUUCCCGAGUACCAUCCACUUUAUGGGCAAUUUCUGCGAGGCGGAAGGGCCGGCGAGACCAGCUCCCAGACCUCACAUCGUGCCCGAUCUGGACCUGGAACAGCUCACCGGGCUCUGGUACGAGAUCGGUGCAUCAGCACGGUACAAGUUGGCAUCGGACGAGCUGCUGGGAACGAGGUGUGCGACACAUAACUACAGCAUUUCGGAAAACAGACCCUAUCUCUUGACCCCUUUAUGGAUGGACAGGGUAUCUGCAACAACGGGAGAGGUGAGAGAACCAUACUACCAUCACACAUUUGAGCCCCCUCCGCCAGCAAAAGACCUGCACGAUCUUCUUGGAACCCGUCCUCCUCCCCUUCGACGUCGUCUUCUCCGCAGUCGUCGUCUUCGUGCCCCUCGUUCUGAUCAUCAUGAUACAGUUACAGCAACAACAACAAGAAUUAGUACUGCGAUUGGCGAUGCUGCUGCUGCUGCUGCUACUCAGGCUAGCACUAGGAGUGGAGUGCAGAUCGAACCGGCUUCGAUCGCUGCUUCUGUUCGACGUCAGCAGCAGGCAGAAGAGAUGGAGACGAGGGUAAUAGAGGUAGAGUCAUCCACAUCGUCAGACUCCAUGCCUCUCUUGUCGACGACGGAUUCGGAGCACAAUGUCAUCGACGGCGAUGGUGGUGUUAAGGCCAGGACGGGGGUGUCUAAGAAGGGUCUCCCGAGGAAACACCCCUUCGUUAACCCCCCUCCCUUGUCGGUCAAUCUGACGGAUCUGGAAUGGGCUCCAUUGGGCGUUGGCAAGGCACUGACAGUGGUGGUUGAACGAGUGCGUAGCAAGGUGGAGCCCCAAGUGCUGAGCUGGGUCCAGGAAAUGGCCUGGCAGUGUCGUCUGUUAAGUGGGUCUUUGCAACGGGCUUGCCCUUUGAUGGGAUCGCGAGACGGCAAGGUCCACAGGGCGAUGAGGCGGAUCGAAUUGGCGACAUCGAGGUGGUCACAAUUUCGACCGUCCAUUGAGAGGAUGCUGUUUGGAAUCGACGACCAAGUGGCAAAGGUAAGGCACUCCGCAGCAGAGAUUGCUUGGCUGGUCAGCAAGAUUACGGAGGCCAGCGCAGCGAUCAGCGAGCAGGUCGGCGAUGGCAAUCGCCAAGAGGCGACGGCUCAUAUCAGGUACUGGCUGGGUGAGAUUCAUGCAGCAGCGAGCAGAAUGAAGAUGUGCGCAGCGGUGGUUACCAGCCUCGCGCUACAGAUACAACGACUGUCGUGGUCAUACUACAAUGAACGUGUCAUCUUGGGGAUCGGAGGGCCAGAGUAUCCCACGGCGGAGUCUCGGUUCCAGUACAACUUGACAGAUCGACGGCUAACUAAUCCCACAGAUCUGCAACAAGAGGUGAUGAGGCAGCGGAAGGUGAUCGGUAAGCAAGUGAAGACGAUCCGACUUCUCACAGAACGUGCUCGACACGGGUGUGCGAACAUCUUCAGCGCCAUCGAUAGAGUGAAGACGCUCAACGGCUUGAUUGAGCGGCACAAGGGGAAUCAGUAUGCUGAAGCGAAGCAGAACAGCCAGAGAAGUAGCAAUACGAUCACGACUCAGACAGGCAACGACGGCGGCGGCGGCGUUGUGGUGUCGUCUUCACCUUCUAACUCUACAACAACAGGAGACAUCGUAACGACAGGCGUGGCAGUGCAGAACCCGCAGGAGCUGGGGGCGUUCACACUCACGAUGGAAACUAGCGGUGAUGGGAAAAAGCGAAUGCCAGAUGCCUAUUGGGUGCUAGCAGCAGAGGAGGAGAAGGAGGAGGAGCAGCAGGAGGAGGAGGGGGGAGGGGAGACAAACAUGAAGAAGGGGGUUAAAAAAAAGCGAUACGGCGCUGCCCUUCUUUAUCGCUUCCAGGAUGUGCCCGCACCUUUGAGAGAGAUUGUCGGCCGCGAUCACGAUGAGACAGUGUUAAUCCUUGCACGAAAACCCUCUUUGCCAGAGAUAACGAAGGACCGGUUUUUGGCUAAUGCCAAGCGAGGGGGAAUCUACCUGGUUGCCGAUAACCCAGUCCUGUGGACAGGGUUCGACGACUGCCCCUGGAAUCAGUCACCCUCAGAUUGACCAUGACCACUUUUUGAUACCGUCCGUCUUCACCCGAACAGAACGCCCGGUCAUUAUAUCGGCAUUUGGCACAAUUUUCAGUC